AUGUCCAAGCACAUCGCCAUCGUUGGAGCAGGACCAUCUGGUCUAAGCCUCGCGGCUCUCUUGCAACACCACUCGAUCCCCUUUACGAUUUUCGAGCGAGAAAAGUCUACUAGCUCUCGCUUCCAAGGCGGUUCCCUCGACCUCCAUCCAGAGUCUGGUCAAGCAGCCUUGUUCGAAGCUGGUCUUGAGGAGCAGUUCAAAAAGUACGCACGCUAUCACGACCAGGAUUAUCGUUUUGGUGAUAAAAAGGCCGUUGCUUGGUUGUUCCACAAAGCAACUGCUGAUGCAGAGGGACGUCCGGAGAUUGACCGGGCAAAGCUUCGCAAGAUUCUUAUUGAGUCUCUCGACCCGGAGAAUAUCAAGUGGGAUCAUCGACUAUCUGAGAUUGUUCCGCAAGAGGAUGGAAGAGUUGAGCUGGUUUUUGAGAACCAGCCUGAGCCUGUUGUAACUGACCUUCUUGUGGGGGCUGAUGGAACCUGGUCUAAGGUUCGACCGCUUCUGACGAGCUGGACGCCCAAGUACACAGGGUUGACAGUCAUCGAUUGUCGUAUAUCCGAUCUGGACAAGAGAUUUCCCGAACUUGGAGGAUUCAUCGGUCGUGGCACCUCAUUCUUCCUCUCCGAAGGCAGUGGCAUUUUCAUCCAGCGCAAUGGAGAUGACAGCGUGAGAGUCUACCCCUGUCUUCGAGUCGAAGAGAACUGGCAUUCAAAGGAUCCCUCAUUCGACUGGAAUGACGCGAAGAAAAUGACCGACUAUCUGAUUGAUAACUUCUUCUCCACCUGGGACCCGCGUCUCCAGGAUGUCAUCCGCAAUGUCGACACAAACAUGACUCCCCGCGCACAGUAUCGCAUGCCCUUGGGUCUACGCUACGAUCAUCACCCUGGCUUGAGUCUUAUCGGAGAUUCUCUUCAUGUCAUGUCGUGGUUUGCAGGAGAGGGUGCGAACCUGGCUAUGCUAGACGCCCUGGAUCUUUUCCAUGAAAUCAAGGCGCACCCAGAUGAUAUGGAUCUUGCUGUCCGUCGUUACGAGGAAAAGGUGGUAGCCACUGGGCGGGCGGAUAAUACGAACGAAAUGUCGCAGGAUUUGCUUGUCAAGGCUAUGUCAGAUGAUGCCCCUCGGGCUUAUGUUGAAGGGAUGGCCAAGGCAAUGGAUGUUUGGUUCACUGACGGGAAGUUGCUGGACAAGAUUGAUCGAGAGACAUUGUUCAAUAACUAA